CGAAAAUAAGGAUCGAGUUUCGCAAAGCGGAAUUUGACUUACCUUUCCUUGCCCUUGCUCUCCUUAUCUAAGACUCAUUCAGCCAUGUGCAGCCAGGCAGGAUUCGUUCUGUAACUCAGACGACUCUUGGAACUUCUCUCAGGGGGAUCAAAAGUCCCAGCCCAGCCCUGCAAGUCGUACUCAGCCGCAAAUCAUCUCACGCCAGACAACACACCACUUUUUGAUUCGUUGUCUUACCAGCCAGGAUCCUAGUGUCAUUGGACGCAAAGGUAGCUGGUCUGGCUUCAUUCGUCCAGACAGGCUACACCGGCUAGAACCUGUGGCUCAACUGUAGCCUACUACUACGCAACAUGCAUACCCCGGCCUUUCGUGGUUUGAACUCGCUUCAUCAGCCUGGUUCACUUCCCAUCUCAACUUGCUUUCGUUUUGUGUCUUCACCGACCUGCUCGUUGUGCCGGUGAAGAAUCUUCGAGUAGCUGGUAGUGUCUCAUUCGAUCACAGAUGAGAGCGAGGAGGCUGCAGUAUUCGAUUCCUCUUCACGCACAACUUCAAGAUCCGCAUCAGGCUGUGAGCGCUGAGUUGUAGACCGACUGUUCUGCACCAGUAUCUCAUGGACGACCGCAGGGACAUCGGCGGCGGUCGCUAUUACGGCCCUCCUCCACCCGACAUGUCCAUGCAGCCGCCAGCGAAGCCUCGUCGCAAGACACGACGGCAGACACCCCAGGAGACCGUCCGCCAGUUCUGGGACAAGCUCAACACAAAGUACCCUGGCAAAGUGUUCACCGUUUUACCGGACAACCCAUACGCUCGCAAAAAGGCUGCCAAAACUCCGCACGGCACUGUCUCCGGUCAACGAGCGGCCAAGUCGUACGAGGAAGCCCGGGCGGAAUGUGAGCGAGAUGUCAACCGAAUUACCAAGGAAUGCAGACGAUUGAACCAAAAGUACCGGGACACUCAUUUCGACAUUGAAUGGGACCUGAAGUCUGGUCAGAGAAACUGCCUCGAUGGCUUAUACGCUCCAGGCGAUUCGAUGAAGCCAAAGGGCGUGAAGAGAGUCACGGAUAUCUUCGAGAAGCCGCAAUUCUACAUCAACGGCCCUACGGCGGGCGAUGUACGCCAGGGUCGAGACGGAGAUUGCUAUCUCAUGGCUGCCCUCUGCGGUCUGGGGAAUAUGGAAGGACUGAUCGACAAAGUCUGUGUCAAACAUGACCUGCAAGUUGGCGUUUAUGGCUUUGUCUUCUUUCGAGACGGCGAAUGGCAACACACCAUCAUCGACGAUAAACUCUACCUGCGCGCGCCCGACUACGACGAAGCGCACGAGGAACGCGACGUGUGGGACGAUAUUAACCGUGUCGACAGCGCCGAAGAGUAUCGGAAAACUCACCAGGCCGGCUCGCGGGCCCUGUAUUUCGCGCAAUGCAGCGACGAGAACGAGACGUGGCUCCCCCUGCUUGAGAAAGCAUACGCCAAGGCCCAUGGCGACUUCGAGAGCAUAGACGGCGGAUUCACCGGCGAGGCCAUCGAAGAUCUGACAGGAGGCGUGACGACCGAGAUCUAUAGCACCGACAUCCUGGACCGGGAUGCCUUCUGGCGGGAUGAGCUCAUGCAAGUCGGGAAGCAAUUCCUCUUUGGCUGCGCGACGGGGUUUUACUCAAACUGGCUGGACACGAGCGUGGUAUCUCGUGAGCGCGAGGGCAUCUCCGAGGGCCAUGCAUAUAGUAUCAUGGACGCGAGGGAAGUCAAUGGCCAGCGGCUCCUCAAAUUGCGCAAUCCGUGGGGGAAGAAGGAAUGGACGGGCAAAUGGAGCGACGGCAGCUCCGAGUGGAACGCCGAGUGGAUGGCUUUGCUGGAUCACAAAUUCGGAAAUGACGGCGUGUUCUGGAUCAGUUAUGACGAUCUGCUGAAGAAGUACCAGCACUUCGACCGGACGCGGAUCUUUGGCUCGGAAUGGCACGUUACGCAGUGCUGGACCAGUCUCAGUGUGAGCUGGAGCGCCGAGUACCACAGCACGAAGUUUAGUCUGGUCCUGGAAGAGAAAGCGCCCGUGGUCAUUGUGCUGGCGCAGCUGGACGAUACGUAUUUCAGCGGAUUGGAGGGCGGGUACGGGUUCGACCUGCAUUUUCGGCUCGAAUCGGACGAGAAGGAAGAUGAAAACGAUUACAUUGUGAGGUCGAAUGGGAAUUACGCCAUGGCCAGGUCGGUGAGCACGGAUAUCGAGCUCGAGAAGGGCACGUAUUCGGUGCUAAUGAGGAUUACGGCUACGAGACAUGCGGACAAGGACCAUUUGGAGGAUGUGCUGCCGGUGUAUGCGGCCACCAGACGGGAGAAGCUUAUACAAAUGGGCUUGUCGUAUGACCUGGCGCAUGCGAAGGGUGUGCAUGUGGAGACUGAGGCAGAGAAGCAAGACAGGAGAAAGCGGCAGAAAGCGCAGAGGGCGAAAGAUAGGGAGAAGUUGAAGGCAAAACUGAAGGCGCAGGCGGAGAAGGAUUGGAAAAGGGCGAAGGAGAGACACAAGAGAGACAAAGAAAUCCAAGCGAGGAAUAAGCGCAGAAAGGAGAGGAAGCAGAAAGCCAACGCAAACGUGCAGGAGGCGAACGGUUCGCAGCAACUACCUACCAGACAAAACACGGUGGACUGCCAGAAUGCUGAUCAACUCGUCUUGUUUGACGGCCGGAAGUCUGAGAGUCCGAAGAUCCAUGAGCCUGAUGCCAGGCUCGAGCAGAGCCAACAGCCAAAGGUUGUGAAGAUCAAGUCUGACGUUGGUGAAGACAUUGGCGUUGAGAAAAUGGCCGAUAAGACGGACGAGAUACUCGAGCCCGUCACCGGUCUUGCGUCGGUUCGGACAAACAAGCCGAUCGAAAAGCCAUCCGCCGAAGACGUUGUCCAGCCGUUGGAAGAUGUGAUCAAACGUGCCGAUGAGGAGGAUAAAGCAAACCAGCCAGACAGUGUGUCAAUCGAGGGCAGCACCACACAGCCCAACAAGACCGACAACAGUAACGCGGACGCUCGGGCAGAGGCUUGUCUGGCAGACAAGCCUUCGACUUCAGAAACACAAGCAGAAGGCGUUGACGGCGCCACUGAGCCGAAAACGUUUCCCAUUGGAUCUCUAACGACGCAGCAAGCAAAUGGAGGCACUGAUUUCAACGCCCUUAGACAGAACCUCAACGAAAGCCUGGGCGAUGCGAAAGGUCAAAGCCACCGAUACCCGCAACGGAGCGACACUCUCGACACGACAGCCGCGAUGAUCGGUAUCGGCACCGGCGCCAGCGAAGACAGCGCUGUCAACGAGGAUACUUUUAUUAUCAUCCGUCAAACCAACGGCGAUGACGACCCUGUGCCGGAUGGCGACGACAACGACAUCUCUGACAGCGACUCCUUCCCGCCGUUCGACUGGAACACCGACAUCGACAUGUCCCCGGGGUCGUCGUCCUCGGAAGACUCAUCAUCAUGCUCGCAUCGACGGGGCAGGUACCGGACAGCAGCAGCAGCUCGCCACCGACGCCGCACAUCCAGACCUGGACCAAUACCGGUGUCACCACCUCCAGGCCUUAUUAUCGACGGCAACAAGACCGACGACGGAGGCGACGGGCCUGAGGAGCAGUGGAAUGCCGUGUGCGUGGUCGGGUUGAGGGUUUAUUCGACGCUUCAGGGUGAGGGUGUCAAAUUGAAGGUCGUCAAGCCGCGGGAGGACGAGAGUGAGGCAGAGGGUGAGUGUGUUCGUGAACGUGAGGAUCAGGAGGACGCUGAUGACGAAGAUGAAGCCGGCGAGGGCGAAGGCCAAGGCCAAGGCAAAGGCAACGAGGUGGCGAAAUUGGACCCUGAUGAUAUUUCAAAAGGUGCGGUCGCGGCUGAGCCGGAGAGCACGGGUGCGGACGUCGACGGCAAGAUGAAAGGGAAAGUUGACAUCAAGAAGGGCGAUGAGAUGAAGCUAGGCACACGGUUGGGACGUGUGGACAGGAGGAGGACCGGUUGGGUAAGAGGUGAGAUAUAAACGGUCAUGGUCGGAACAGAAAAUAAUAUCAUCU